UUAUUGGAAUUUUAUUGGGCAUAACUGCGAAUAUUCUCUCUCCUCUUUAUCUCUCUCUAGAAAUUGAUAAGGUGAAGGCUGAGAAGAAGAGGGAGAAACAGAGGGAAAGAAUACUCCUACGUUAGGGUUUCAUUCUCUCUCUUUCUCGCUUUCACUCUCCUCCUCUCUUCUCCCAAAUUCGAUAGCCAAUUCAAUUUCCUCACGUCACAAUUCACUGCACAAACACAUAUUCUGACUGUGUCGUGUGUGUUAUAUAUAUACAUAUAAUUUUUUGUGAUUGGGAUUGGUUUUGAAGGAGGAGAGAAGAUGGAGGAACAAUUGGGAACUGCUUGUUGCAAUGGCAUUGUAGAUGCUAAUGUUGUGAUUACUAAUGAUAAAUCAUCAUCUUUAUCAUCAUCACCUUCACCUUCGUCGUCGUCGUCGUCGUCGUCAAAGUUUCCAUUGAGAUUUUGGGAGAUGGCGAUGGCCUCCAGCGUCGUCUUGGGCUUCGUUUUAGGGCUUCUUUGCGUCUACCUAACGAUGCCAGAUUCCGAUUACAGCUUCCUCAAGCUGCCCCGUAGUCUCGAAGAUCUUCAAAUCCUCAGAGAUCACCUUGAGAACUACACAAGUGACUACACUAUACAGGUCCUCGUUGGGUACUGCAUGGUCUACAUUUUCAUGCAGACUUUUAUGAUUCCAGGGACUAUUUUCAUGUCAUUGCUUGCUGGAGCCCUUUUUGGAGUCUUCAAAGGCGUUGCUCUGGUUGUGUUCACUGCCACUUCCGGUGCAUCUUCUUGCUUUUUCUUAUCCAAAUUAAUUGGGCGUCCCCUUGUUUUCUCUCUGUGGCCAGACAAGCUGAGUUUCUUCCAAGCCCAGGUGGCUAAAAGACGAGGGGGGUUGCUGAACUACAUGCUUUUCCUCAGAGUGACCCCAACCUUGCCAAAUACAUUUAUUAAUGUUGCAUCACCAAUUGUGGAUGUGCCUUACCAUAUUUUCUUCCUGGCAACCUUCAUUGGAAUCAUUCCCGCUGCUUAUGUCACUGUCAGGGCUGGAAUCACUCUCGGAGAGUUGCAAUCAGUUGGCGACCUUUAUGACUUCCACUCGGUGGCUACUCUGUUCCUCAUUGGGGUUGUAACAGUUACCCCAACUCUAUUAAGCAAGAACAAGUCAUAAGAUUCAUUAGCUAUUACAUGGUGCCCUUGAUAGCAGGAAACUAUUUGUUUAUCGCUCCAUUUCUGUACAGACGAGCGUCAAAUAGGUCAAUUUGAAGCUCCAUUCGGCUUUGCAGCAGAUUCCACUGCUGAAGCUGGGGUCUAUUGGUGAUGGUAUGAAGAUGGUGUUGGGAUUUAGAUGGAUUCUCCAUUAUGUGUUCUAUUGAGAUGGAGAAGUUACUAGCAUUUUAGAUUGUGGUACAUCAAGUACCAGCUACCUUAGUUUAAUACCAAAAAUAUUAUCAUUGUCAAGAUGUGUAAAAGUUCAUGUAUUAGUGUUAAAAAACGGUAUUUAUCAUUUUCAAGAUGUUCUGAUGUAAGUAAUUCUAAUUCAGCUUCUGUCAUUAUUUAUAUGCUAAACUUCCAAGUCAUUUUGGGAAGGACAUUGUUAUUUUUAAGCAUCUUGUAUGGAGAAUGAUUGAAGGAAUUGUUGGAA